UGCUGCUCAGUCGGCGUCGGGUCUUUGCAACUGCCUCCGCGUGGCGCGAGCCUCGAGCCUGGCUCUUCCCCUGGUGGCGACGGCGGAAAGAGGGAGUGGAGACGAGCGGUCGGCGGGCUCCAUGGAGAGCGGCAGACGCCCAGGCAGAGGCGGCGCUUCCCUCCCGGCCCCCGGGCUGCAGUGACCGGCGCUCACCUCCCGCACCGCGUCGGAACGACCGCCGGCCCCGGGACUGAAGCGGCCUUGCCUCAGCUCCCCGCGCCGCCGUCUCGCCUGUCAGCGCGCCCGGAGCCCCGACGCCCGGAUUCGCCCUCGCCCCUACUCCCCGGCGGGGUGGCGGCGGCCAGGCCCCCGCAGCGGCGGCGGCCGGAGCAGCAGCGGCAGCAAGAACCCGCCUCUAUGAUGAAGUUCAAGCCCAACCAGACGCGGACCUAUGACCGCGAGGGCUUCAAGAAGCGGGCGGCGUGCCUGUGCUUCCGGAGCGAGCAGGAGGACGAGGUGCUGUUGGUGAGCAGCAGUCGCUACCCAGACCAAUGGAUUGUCCCAGGUGGAGGAAUGGAGCCAGAGGAGGAGCCUGGUGGUGCCGCCGUGAGGGAAGUUUAUGAGGAGGCUGGAGUCAAAGGAAAAUUAGGCAGACUACUGGGCAUAUUUGAGCAGAACCAAGACCGAAAGCACAGAACAUAUGUUUAUGUUCUUACAGUCACUGAAAUACUAGAAGACUGGGAAGAUUCUGUUAAUAUAGGAAGGAAGAGAGAGUGGUUCAAAGUAGAAGAUGCAAUCAAAGUUCUCCAGUGUCAUAAACCUGUUCAUGCAGAGUAUCUGGAAAAACUCAAGCUGGGUUGUUCCCCAUCUAAUGGAAAUUCUGCGGUCCCUUCCCUUCCAGAUAAUAAUACCUUGUUUGUAAAUGCUGCACAGACCUCUGGGGUGCCAUCUGGUAUAAGAUAAAGAGGACUGGGCAGACCUCUCCCGUCAUGUGCAGUUUCACAGGGAGAAGCUUCAUUUUCCUUGGCAAACAUCUGAUUGACGCUUGCAAACUGUCUGAACUUGCCAUACAGGGUUUUCAAACAAUUUGCAUGUUUUUCAGAUGCUUUCAAAACUUCUUUAAAAAAAAAAUAGUGUAAAAUAUUUUAAUAAGCCAAAGCCAUGUGGAAAUUUUUUUUAGAUGCCUUAACUGUGCCCUAACACCCAUGUUAUUAUUGUGGUUCUCAUUUUUUCACAGCAUUUUUAAAGCUUUUUUUGUCCAUUUGACAUGAGCCUGGUUUAUCAGAUCAAAUCAAAUUACUGUGGGUAUAUUUCUCCCCUAAACUUUUCUCUUACUCAUGGAAUUAACAUAUUCAAUAAAUCUUUCUGUGGUAGGAAUUAAUAAAAAAAAAUUUUGAUAUUGAAGAAAUCCAUCCUUCCCAAAACGUGCUUCAUAAAUCAAAACUUAGGAUUCAUAAAUUUGAAAUUUGGGAUAUUUUUGUUUGGGCCAUAAGUGUUUUGACAGAAUUGGCUUAUUUGGGGGAAUUUGUCAACUCAUCUGUCUUAAUGUUCUCAACUGGCAUUAUGUCACUAGAUAACUGAAAUUGCUGCCUCCCAUGUAACUCAAUAGCAGUUUUCACAUGAAGAACACUCUUCAGAGUUCUGAUUUUUAGGGAAAUCUUGUUAGCAAAAUGCAUGUGUAAUCACAUCAUCAUGAAAAUUGUAUUCAUGGGAUUUAUUUAGCAUGCUCAGUUGCCAUUUCCCUUUAUAAUCUCUUUAUAUAUAAUAACUUAAAACCAUUAUUUUCCCUCAAUGUAAAUUGCUCUUAAAACAUUUUCAGUGUUUAAGUUUAGCAAUACCUUUUCAGUUAAUUUUCUAUGGUUACUAGUAACCACAGGGGCAUAGUCUCAGCUUAUACCCAGGCAGUGAUGACUGUACCACAGUGGAAGAAAAUGGCCUUCCUGCUGUUCAGCUGUUACAGACUGGGACUGCAAAGGCAACUCAAGAGAUCUCAUCUUUUCUAGGUUGUCAGAAGGUACUAUUUGUCAUGUAACUAACUUGUGGGGCACUGGAACAUACCUGAGCUGAGUCAUCCUCACUUGUCUUUACACUCACUUAAAGCAUAUAUAGACCACCUGGGUACCUUGUCACAGACUCUGCACCUCCCCACCAAAUCAGAAAUGAAAGGGGAGGAAAAGCCUCAAUAAGAUGUGGGGUGGGGGAAGAUGAAAGAUCAUUUGUAUUAGACUUCAGCCUUUUGUAAAUAUAAUAACUGGCGAGUAUAAAGCCUAAAAAGGAUAGUUAAAACAUUGGCUCUACAAAUUAACCUUUAAAUUGUAAUUGCUGCUGAAAAUAGAAUCCUCCUAUACUUAAGGAAAACUGGUGCCAUUACAAAAUGAGAUCUUGUGCCAUAAAUGCAGCUAAGCUAAAUAUAAAUACUAGUUCCCAAAUUAAUGCUAAGUAGGAAAACUUACAGUAACCUGUGUCAUUUCAUUCUAAAUUAUGUAGUAUGAUCAAACAUGAUCAUCCAGAAUUUUUAUAUUUUUCUUUGUACAAAGGUUAUGUAUUCUGGGUGUUUUUUAAAAAGGAAAUAUUUUAAAUCCCACAAAUUGACACUUUCUAUAUCAAUCUUCAAUGGACUAAGCUUUUUUUUCUCAGUGAUCUCUGAAAUUUCUUUAAAUUAUAGACUUAACAGAGAAACUGGAUUGCUUUUGUAUAUAAGACUGCUGCCAUCUGAAAUGCUGUCACAAAUACUGGGGGGUUUAUCUUGUACAUGAUAUUCUUAGAGGUAAUAAUGCAUGAGCUUAUUUUAUAAACUCUUGGACUAUGUAUUUGACAUGUAAAAUAUGUACAGUAUUAAUGUCAACCAUCUCUUAAAGUUAGCCUAUAAAUAUUGUUGUACAAUUUUCUUUGGUCAGAAAUAUUUGGACUAAGUAGUACCACUUGGUUCAAGAUUUUCUUCAGUGCCAUUUAGCAAACCGUCUUUAGUCUAUGCAAUUAGCAAGAAAUUAAUACAACAGAAUACUUUAUGGCUUCCACACUUGAAAUUUCACAGGAGGGGUUCCUUCCCAACUUCUCUGGAACCUGGUCCAGCAAAAUUAGAGGAAAAGCCCUAAGAUUUAUUUCUGUUAGGAAAAGCCAAUGUUUUCAGGCUAAAGAGUUGAAUCUACUAAAAUUAACUAAUAGUGUCUACUAUCUCAGACCUGCAGAGUUUGCAGUGCUGGGACUGUCAUCCGUGCUUAUUUGUGGGGUAGUUGAAUAAAAUCGGGCAGCUAAAAUUUUCAGUUCCGUGUGCUUCCUAAAUAAAACAGAAGUAGUUACUGUGAAUUGAGUUGCACACAAAGUAGAAACUGUCCUGCACGUAUUUUUUGUAAACAUGACAUUUUCCAACGAGGUACAUGCCAUCCAAUUUUCUGUGGGUCAUACCAUUGUAUAAAGCAACAGAACUGAAGGGGAGAAACAAUCUUUGUACACACUGAAUUGCUUUGCAUGGUCUCUUGAGAUAAUUGGUGUAAGAAUCUUGACUUUUUUUUAUAUUUGGAAACAUCAAAUAAAAACAGAAAUGAUCUUU